GUCAUCUCCAGAUGGUAGUUCUCUUCCCCCUCCUCAGCGUCUGUCCCCGGCACAGUGUGCAUCUAGAACUCUGCCCCAGAAGCAGCUGCACACGCAGCUCACUCAGAGACUGGAGGAGGUGCUGAAGGAGCAGCAGGUUACAGAUGGCCAUGCAGUCCAGAGAGGCUCCUCGCUGGCGUCCAAGACUGCAGGACAGGAGAAAGAGGAUACUGAAAAAUCUGUCAAAUCCUUGCCGGCUAAAUCCACACAACAGAGAAGGAAGAGUAGCAAAGUUCAGGGGAACACGUCAGACCAUGACAAUAUAACAGAUGCAGCAGACAGUAUGGUGAAGAUGAUAUCCAGACAUUACAAGAAAGGUGCUAAAGCAGCAUCUCCUACAUUUAACACUGCAUCUACAAACAGAAAUCUGUUCAACAAGAGCUGUGGUUCAUCCUCCACUGAAAAAAAUGCUGCGAAGAGAUCAAGCUUGCCUAAAACAGAUAACAAAUCCAAAAAGCCAUUACAGAACAUUGAGGAUAUUUAUGCUUUUACAGAGGACACACCAAAAAUUAGUGUGAGACAGAAAUCUGAUGUAUUCAGAAACGAAAGCAGUGAACUAAGUAUUUCUCUGAAUCGCACCAACUCUGCUAAAAGGCCUGCGUUACCAAAGGGAACUAAAGCAAAUGCGAAGAAAUACCUGUUCAGUGACACUGACACAGACAAUAUGACAGAUAUUAGCUGGUUAAAAUCAGCCAACAGGAAACCCAAGCCUAAAGUGGCAGACUACAGCAGGCAGCCAGUCAAAGCCACCUUUCCACCUGCUGACUCUACAUUUAAAUCACCAUAUUCACCUGUGGCUUCACCAAAGCCAGUGAAAGAACAGACCAAGCCAAAGCGGAAGCGUCAGAAGAAAAUAGCCGAACAUGAGGAUAAAUGGCAGUCAAGCAUCAAUAAUAAGAAAACCACAGGAAGACCUCAAAGAGCCGCAGCCUUGACUAAAACCUACAGAGAGCCGUCUGACUCAGACAGCCAGUCCAGCCAGACAGAGAGUGAAAAUGCACCUCCCCCUAAGGCAUGUGAUUGUUCUUUCAGCAAUGUUCAUUUAGGGCAUCUUUAUUAA